AUAAGAAAGUCAACAACACAAGAGCAAUAGGUUCUGUCAAAAACUUGCAUUAAACAAUAACUGAAAAGUAGUUACAAAUCCAUUGAUCAAUCUCUUCUUUCACUUCAAUGUCUUCCCCAACAAGUUCCUUUUCUGAUGAAGAGACUUCAUCCAGAAGAAGAAGAAAGUACGACGUGUUCUUGAGUUUCAGAGGCAAAGAUACUCGUGCAUCCUUCACUUCACAUCUCUAUGCUUCUCUUCAAAACGCCGGAUUCAUCGUCUUCAUGGACGAUCAAUCGCUUCAAAGAGGAAAAUUCAUCUCGACAUCGUUACUGCAAGGAAUUAAAGAUUCUAGUAUUGCCGUCGUUGUAUUUUCCAAAAACUAUGCAGGUUCCCAAUGGUGUAUGCGAGAGUUGGUGGAAAUUAUGGAGUAUCGAUGUGAGGCGGUACUGCCUGUAUUCUACCAUGUAGAUCCCUCGGAAGUUCGGAAUCAGACUGGUGAUGUUGGAAAAGUGUUUCGAAAUCUUUUGAACAAUCACGAUGAAAACGAGUAUGAGGCUAUCGACUGGAAAAAUGCUCUUGUUAAGUUAGGUCGCAUUGCAGGGUUUGUAGUCUCGAAUUACAGGAACGAAGGUGAGGAUAUCAAGGACAUUGUUGAAAAAGUUACACAUUUACUUGACAAGACAGACUUGUUUGUUGCUGAUCAUCCAGUGGGAGUCGAAUCUCGAGUGCUAGAUAUGAUUCAACUACUAGACACCCCAUUUUCAAAUGAUGUUCUGCUAUUAGGGAUGUGGGGUAUGGGAGGCAUUGGUAAAACAACUAUUGCAAAACCCAUUUACAAUAAAGUUGGCCACAAUUUUGAAGCUAGGUGCUUCCUUGCAAAUAUUAGGGAAGUUUGGGAGCAAGAUUUUGGACCAAUGUAUUUACAAGAACGUAUUUUGUAUGAUAUCUUCAAAGAAACUACAACCAAGAUACAAAACAUUGAAUCAGGAAAAUCUGCAUUAAGGGAAAGACUAUGUAAUAAAAGAAUACUUCUUGUACUUGACGACGUGAAUAAAUUGGACCAACUCAAAGCUUUGUGUGGAAGUCGUAAAUGGUUUGGUCCAGGGAGUAGAAUAAUCGUCACAACUAGAGAUAAGCAAAUAAUUAGAGGGAAUCGAGUUAACCAAGUAUACAUAAUGAAAGAAAUGGAUGAAAGUGAGUCAAUUGAGCUUUUUAGUUGGCAUGCAUUCAAAAAAGUGAGUCCUAGAGAAAAUUUUGCUGAAAUUUCUAGAAAUGUUGUCAAAUAUUGUGGGGGAUUGCCACUAGCCCUGGAAGUCCUUGGGUCCUAUUUGUUUGAUAGAGGGGUAACAGAGUGGGAGUGUGUAUUGGAGAAACUCAAGAGAAUUCCCAAUGAUCAAGUACAUAAGAAGUUGAAAAUAAGCUACGACGGUUUAAAUGAUGAUACCGAGAGGGAUAUAUUCCUUGACAUAGCUUUUUUCUUUAUUGGGAUGGACAAAAAUGAUGUUAUGCAUAUAUUAAAUGGUUGCGGACUUUUUGCAGAAAUUGGAAUAAGUGUUCUCGUUGAGCGAAGUCUUGUAAGAGUGGAUGGUAAAAACAAACUUGAAAUGCAUGAUUUGAUACGAGAUAUGGGAAGAGAAAUCAUCCGUGAGAUAUCACCGAAGAAACUUGAGAAGCGUAGCAGGUUAUGGUUUCACGAGGAUGUUGUGGAUGUAUGGUCAGAACAGACUGGAACUCAAGCUGUUGAGGGGCUAGUUUUGAAGUUGACACCUAAUGCAAAAUGUUUUAGUACCAAAUCAUUUGAGAACAUGAAGAAACUUAGAUUGCUUCAACUCGCUGGUGUACAACUUGAUGGAGAUUUUCAAUAUCUUUCAAGAAACUUGAGAUGGUUGUGUUGGAACGGAUUUCCUUUUACAUGCAUACCUAGAAAUUUUUAUCAGAGAAACUUAGUUUCCAUUGAGUUAGAAAAUAGCAAUAUCAAAUUUUUGAAGAAAGAGAUGCAGGGGUUGGAGAAUCUAAAAAUUCUCAAUCUUAGUCAUUCUCACUAUCUGACAGAGACUCCGGACUUUUCCAACAUGCCUAAUCUUGAAAAGCUAAUACUCAAAGAUUGUCCAAGGUUGCCUGAGGUUUCCGAUACCAUUGGACAUCUUCACAAAGUACUUCUGAUAAAUUUGAAAGACUAUAUUAGCCUUUCUAACCUUCCAAGAACCAUCUAUACGUUGAAAUCGCUAAAAACUCUUAUUCUUUCUGGGUGUUUAAUGAUUGACAAAUUGGAAGAGGAUUUGGAACAAAUGGAAUCUUUAUCCACUCUGAUUGCACAUAACACCGCAAUAACAAAAGUGCCGUUUUCAAUAGCCAGGUCAAAAAACAUUGGAUAUAUUUCUUUGUGUGGCUAUAAAGGAUACUCGCGUGAAGUGAUUCCUUCUAUCAUUCGGUCUUGGAUGUCACCAACAAAUAACCUCUCAUCCUUACUUCAAACACCUGCUAGCAUGUCAUCUCUUGUUUCUUUAGAUGCGUCAAGAAGUAGUUCCCAUAGUCUAUCAUCUAUUUCUGAGGUCCUUACAAAGGUUCUAAGUCUUUUGGUAGAGUGCGGCUCAGAACUUCAACUUUCACGAGAUGCAAUUUUAGAUGCUUUAAGUGCAACUAAUUCUAAGGAAUCGGAAUCAUCUGCAACUACAUCACAAGUAUCAGCGGUGAAGACUUCUACAUUAAUCGAAUGUUGUGGUCAAGUGCACAUUUCUACAACAAAAAAAUCCACGAAGUCUCUUCUAAUUCGAAUGGGAACAAAUUGCCAAACAACCAAUAUUCUGAAAGAAAGCAUCUUACAGAAUAUGGCGGUCAACGCGUGUGGUGGUUGCUUUCUCCCUGGUGAUAGUUAUCCGGAUUGGUUAACUUUCAAUUCCGAAGGUUCUUCUGUAAUUUUUAUAGUACCGCAAGUGAAAGGGCGCAACUUGAAGACAAUGAUGUGCUUUGUCUAUUCUUCAAGCUCAGAUAACAUAACAUCGGAUGGCCUUAAGAAUGUGUUGGUGAUAAAUCACACGAAGACCACCAUUCAGCUCUAUAAGAGAGAGGCGUUUGCCACCUUUGAAAAUGAGGAGUGGCAGAGAGUGGUAUCAAAUAUGGAACCUGGUGACAAAAUGGAGAUUGUUGUUGUUUUUGACAACGGUUUCAUUGUGACGAAGACAACAAUUUAUCUCAUAUAUGACAAAUCAAUAGGCAAACAAAUGGAGCGAUGUUGUGCACUAGAUAAGGAUGUUCUUGUUGGUAGUGGUGAUGAAAAUGAAUGCGCUGCCAAGACGGUUUCUCUUCUAGUAGAGCCUACAGAUGAUUUUAAACAAAAACAUAAAAGAAGAAAACUUAAUUGAAAUUGUUAGUUGCUAGUUGCUAGCUGAAUCCAUUAUUAUGUUAAACAGAAAUCAGAUGUGCGUGGAUAACCUAAUUAAACACUAAUCUUGAAUAACAUUUUCUGUUUAAGUCAAACAUCGAUAUUUCACUGUUAUUCUUUCCACGAAAAAUUGCUAGCAAAACUCUUUCUAUCACUCUCUUUUGAACACUCUUAUAAGCAUGUUUCAUCAUUCCAUUUCUAUGAAUGUGUUCUAGCACCUAUGUUCACAGUAUAAUGAUUUGGAGACCUGAAAGAAAAAUUGAGAUUGAAUGGCUAAGUGUAUGAGGAAAACCAUAAACGUAUCGUAAUAAAAUCUUCAGAAUCAAUCUUCUGAGAAUCUAGAAGCAAUUAUACGGAUCAUAAGAAAAUAAAUUCAGUAGUUUUCAGCGUCACGAUGAAAAUGAAGUGGACGAUAAUAAUGUGCAUGCUAAGACUCUUUGGGAGCUUGAUGGAUCUGUGUCCAACUAUCAGUAAAGUUUAAUAAAAA